CUCUGGGCCGCGCUCCUCGCUCGUCCUCCGACUCGGCUCCGGUUGUGAGUGGCUUCCCUGCCCGCGCCCAGCGCCGACCCGCCGGGCUCCUCCUGCCGGACCCAGCAUCUCGGCUCUCCGGGGCCGGACCGAGGCCGCCAGCAGCGCCGCGGGGUGUGGGGCGGACCCAGGAGAUGAAAUGACAACGUCAACCCUCCAGAAAGCCAUUGAUCUGGUGACGAAAGCCACAGAAGAGGAUAAAGCCAAGAACUACGAGGAGGCGCUACGGCUGUACCAGCAUGCCGUGGAGUACUUCCUGCACGCCAUCAAGUAUGAGGCUCACAGCGACAAGGCCAAGGAGAGCAUUCGAGCCAAGUGCGUGCAGUACCUAGACCGGGCAGAGAAGCUGAAGGAUUAUUUAAAAAACAAAGAGAAACACGGCAAGAAGCCAGUGAAAGAGAAUCAGAGUGAGGGCAAGGGCAGUGAUAGUGACAGCGAAGGGGAUAAUCCAGAGAAGAAGAAGCUGCAGGAGCAAUUGAUGGGUGCUGUUGUGAUGGAGAAGCCCAACAUACGGUGGAAUGAUGUGGCUGGGCUGGAGGGUGCCAAGGAGGCCCUCAAAGAAGCUGUCAUUUUGCCAAUUAAAUUUCCACACUUGUUCACAGGAAAGCGUACCCCUUGGCGAGGGAUACUGCUCUUUGGACCCCCUGGCACAGGGAAAUCAUAUCUGGCCAAAGCUGUGGCAACAGAGGCCAACAACUCCACCUUCUUCUCUGUGUCCUCCUCUGAUCUGAUGUCUAAGUGGCUGGGGGAGAGUGAGAAGCUCGUGAAGAACCUCUUUGAACUGGCCAGGCAGCACAAACCCUCCAUCAUCUUCAUCGACGAGGUGGACUCCCUCUGUGGGUCUCGAAAUGAAAAUGAGAGCGAGGCUGCCCGGAGGAUCAAAACAGAGUUCCUGGUCCAGAUGCAGGGGGUGGGGAACAACAACGAUGGGACUCUGGUUCUUGGUGCCACAAACAUCCCCUGGGUGUUGGAUUCGGCCAUUAGAAGGAGGUUUGAAAAACGUAUUUAUAUCCCAUUGCCGGAGGAAGCUGCCCGUGCUCAGAUGUUCCGGUUGCAUCUGGGGAGCACUCCCCACAACCUCACAGAUGCCAACAUCCACGAGCUGGCCCGGAAGACAGAAGGCUACUCGGGUGCAGACAUCAGCAUCAUUGUGCGGGACUCCCUCAUGCAGCCCGUCAGAAAAGUCCAGUCAGCAACGCACUUCAAGAAGGUCUGUGGCCCUUCCCGCACCAACCCUAGCAUUAUGAUCGAUGACCUCCUGACUCCAUGCUCACCAGGGGACCCAGGAGCCAUAGAGAUGACUUGGAUGGAUGUCCCUGGUGACAAACUCUUAGAGCCUGUGGUUUGCAUGUCCGACAUGCUCCGGUCUUUGGCUACCACCCGGCCCACGGUAAAUGCAGAUGACCUCCUGAAAGUGAAGAAAUUCUCAGAGGACUUUGGACAGGAGAGUUAAAAGCUUCUUCACGUGGGUGAUGGUGAAGUAGCAGGAAGCACUGCUAAGGCUGAACCCUCCUAGGAGUGAACCUAUGGGCUUGGACCACCAGCACACGACCCAACAUCAUCUACAAUAAACCUACUAACACGGGCAGAGGAACAUCCUCCUUUAAAUGCAUUCUCUGCAAGUCACUUCUCACCAGGGAACUCUGAUCUGAACUUUUGCCUGCAUUGGCUUUCACUGCAGAAGUGGAUUUCUGAAACUUUCCAUUAGCUCAAGCUGUUGCUUUGUAUGUGUGGCUUUUGUGGCUGAUGCGCACUGUACCUACUUGGGUGGAAGAGACUUCCCUUACUGGAAAUGGAAGGAUUUGUUGCUGCUGAUCAACAUCACAAAAGCACCACUAAGGGGAACCCCUGAAGACUAAGGAAGCACCAGAAUGUGGGAGGCCACAGGAGCUUGUGAACACUGUCCAAGUGAAAGGAGGCCCAACCAACUCCUUCAUACAGACCUAGUACUUUCAGUGUAACAAGAGCUUUCUACAAACUUCUGAGAAGGCUGAGUCUCCAACUCCUCUCCAAAGUCUGACGAGCUGGAACCAGUUCUGCGUGGCUGCAUGGACCUCUCAGAGAAAGCCAGAGAGAAGGGGUCUUCCCUGGGCUGCUAUUUAAAACACUUCUCUCUGAGCAACUUAAUGGACUUCCUACCACUUGUGCACUGUGAUUCAGGGGAUUUUGUUUUCCAAUACCAGCUUCGGUAGCUGGAGUUACAGCUCAGCAAUACUUAGCACACAUGAGGCCCCAGCUUCCAUCUCCAGCACCAAAAAACAAAAAACUGCUUCCCAAACUUCCAUAUAAAGAUGGGAUAAGACUUCUGGCGUUCCUUUGACAUUUCCUUAAAGCCAACACUGUUGAGUGUGUACUAAUUUGUCUUUCAAAAUAAGUAUGACCAGCAAGGACCUGUGCUGUGACAGAAAGGGGGCUUAUCACUCCCUAUCAGUUAUCACUCCACCCAUGCGCCAUGGCCUCUGCCCAAGGAAUGAGCCAACUACCAGCUGCCCAAGAGAUUUCCAUCUUUCCUAGUUUUGGAACUGUAUCUGAGCCUGUUCAAAUAUAUGGGUACUUAAUUAUAUUAGUGCUAUCAUUAAAUACAUCUUUCAACUGGGA